ACACGGUGUAUCGUUGAAGGAGAAGGAAACAAGAUAAAAAUUUCUCACGAUAAGGGGAACUUUUGCGAUAAACCCAGUUUCAUCAGACGAGAGUGGAUAGAUCGCGUGCCACGCUUAUGUCAAAUGUCGCGUGAUUGUUCAGUGAUGUUGAUAUUAAUUGAUAAAACUAACUAGCAUAUAUAUAAUGUUGGAGUGCUCAUACCCACGUGUACAUCAUACAUUUUUACGCGAUAAUCCAUGUUGGACGAGCUCGGGAAUAAAAGGAGAAGAAUCUAGAAUGAAGACGCCGUUGAUUGUGCACGAGAUUGAUGCAUAUUGCACUCGCAAAACAACAUGACAACUGUUAUCGUCGAGAUAAAUACACACAGAUACGUAUGCAAUCUAAAUAUUGGACCCACAUCAAGAUAAAACAAGUGCAACUUUAGCAUGAAUACAUUGUGCAUUCUCAUGGAAAUUAUUCAGACAGUCUAAGGUCUCAAAGCAUGUCUACGUUCAAUAGUCUCAUCAAAAUUGUUUAGAAUGCCAAAAGAAAAUCUGCGUGACAAGUUGUUCAAAUGAUUAGACAAGACAAGAAGCAAUCACGAUAUAACUCUAGGAGGACACGACUAUACCAACGAAACGACUACAUUCAACAGAAGGAUGCCAGCAGCCGGUGCGGCCGUGCCGGCCGUCGUCGAGGGAGCCGGUCAACUGGAGGACCUGGACGAGCCACCGGAGCCACGUGCUCGCGGUGGUGGCGGACGGACCGGCCUGAUGAAACCCCUGGUGGUGUUGGCCCUACCCGGGAUGUACCUCUUCUACAAGUACAGCCAGUACAGGCGGGAGCAACGCGAGCUCUCCCGCAGAAGAGUCACCGAAAGGGAGCUGCAACAUCUUCAUCAUAAAAUCGACAAGUUACUGACGAAACUGGAGGAGAACGAACCGGAAUUGGCAUCUUCGCAGGAGGAUGAGUGCGUCAUAUGCGUGAACGCGAGGGCGACGAUGCAAACAGCGCCGUGUGGGCAUCGAGUGGUGUGCAGACGCUGCUUCGUCAAGACGAUACAAAUGGCGGUGUCUCAGAGGCUCUUGCCGCUGAGAUGCGUUAUAUGCAGAGCGAAGAUCCUACGGCUGAAGCAGACUCUCAUUCCGCGUGACUAUUCGAUGUCGGGCAAAUCCUGGGUACUGCCUCAAAGCGCAUCAGAGUACAACAUGGGCACGGGUGUAACCGCCGGCGUAUCCGGUCCCGGUGGCAGAUGGGGAACCGGAAGCGUACCAGCCUCCGCCUCUCUAUACUCGAUGGCCAGCGGUUCGUCCUCCAUUUCUGGAGUGUCUUCCGUCUCUUCGGCAACUUCCUCGUCCGCGCAUAGCACCGGAAGUUCCGCUCUCGGCAAACCUACGAGGGUACGGCAGCCCACAGGCGCCAGUCUCAGACGUUCCCAGACGCAGUCGAUGAAAAUGCGAAUUCAGGAAUACCAGGAUCCGGUUCAACAAAUCACCGAGGAGGAGGAGAUCCGGGAGCGUCGAUUGCCGCCAAUCAAGGAGUUCCAGAGGGACUAUCGCGCUGGCAAGGCCUCUACUAGAAUCAGAUGUGCUCAAAAGAUCGUGACGCAGCUGGAAACGUCACCGAGCCCGAGGGUCACAACGUCGACGUCGUCGGCAUCGUCGUGCGGCCGCGCCGCAUCGAAGCGGCCGGCGUCGACGUCGAAAAUGUCGGUGGUCCAGGAGGUUCAGAAAUCGAAGAAGGAGAAGGAACGGGAGAAGGAGCGGGAGAAGGCGGAGAAGGCGCGACAAAAGGAGGAGGAGAAGGCGGAAAAGACCAGGCAGAAGGAGGCGAAGAAGCUGGCGAAAGAGGAGAAGAAGAGGGCGAAGAAGGAAGCCAAGGCACGGCGGAAGGAAGCCGAAGAGGCCCUCCUGAGGGACGAGAAGUAGGGUUCUCCGGUGGUAAUCGCGCAGAGAUCUCGAGAUGAGAGAUCGAUCGUUGCGACGUACGGGCAUACCUGAAGAGUCUUCGACGAAUAACGGUGAUUUCCGGGUAUUCCGUAGCCGCAUAGGAUCGAUAGCGUGCGCGGGAUGGGUCGCGGAUGUUCGUGAUGUAAUUGCAAAUGUUAAGUGGCGCUCCUCGUAAAGGACGUCGUCUCUUGAAAAUUCCAGCAGCCAGCUAUCAACUAAUGAAUAUGGCCUAGCGCGAAAGCGGUUCUCCGAGAAGCGAGCACUCGGCACGAUUAUAGAGAUCGUGUCGGUGUUAAUAAAUCCGAGGUAGGUCAUCCGGUAUAUUCAUUCGGCUUGCUCGGCUUGCUUAAAUGGGGAUCCCGACAACUGCCGGCGAGGAAUUGUCUCGAACAAUCCGCAACUCGUCCCAAGCUACUCGUCAUCUCGUAGGCUCGCAAGAAGGCGGCGAGAAGAAGUAUACCUAAACAAAAAUCUAGAAGCGGCCAAACUUAGUAACCCGUCAUAUCGAGUUAUCGCGGACUAAUAUUAUUAUCGAUAGGAAAAACUCGAGCAUAGCGCCAUAAUUUAGAAAAUCCAAGCGAAUUAUUUUCAAUCUUAUUACUCCUGUCGGUUCUUUCGAAUUAUUCCGAAUCGUACUUCAUCUUUUGAAACUUGCUUGAAUCACAUUCUGCCAAAAUCUGCCAUGAGAUUUUUCACUCAGUUUUCGACAGUCGACAAAAUCUUAGAGUUAAUACAGACGUCGCGCAGACGCGAUCUCUACGAUUAUAAAAAUCACCGUAUAUAAAGUUCAUUCAAGUUUCCAGUUGAUUCGCUUGCGCGACGAGCAUCUUCGUCGCGACGUUUAAUCGCCUACCGCCAAUUCGAGAGAUAAUCGAUAAUCCCGUUCCUCCAGUCAAUUUAGACCAGUCAUCGACUACGAAAUUAGGAAAAGGAAGAAAAAACACUCUCGAUUUUUUUCAUUUGCACCAUGCUCCGACAUUUCAUCUUAACGGUUUAGAGAAAUCGCGCGGAGGGCAAAGUGCUUGCAAAAUAUAAAUCAAAUUUUUCUUCAACGGCGACUCUAUAAGAAAGAUUUACGUACAAAAUGAUAUGCUUUUGAAAUAACACAUAAAAAAAUGCAGUAAUUGACUUUUGGAGUUUUCAAAGAAAAUGCAACGUGAAAAUUUCUAGCCUUCUUUCCCCGAAAUUUUGCCACUGGAUCAAAAGAGAAGGAAGUCGCAAGCAUUUCUCUUCGCUUCCCACUUUGCACUUCACAAUCAAAUACUCCCCCGUCAUCUAUCGUAUAUUGUAAAUACACCUGCAGAAUUUCACAAGCGAAGAGACGCGAACAACUUUCGUGCCGCGAGCAAAGUCGUACAAGUUGCGUACGAGGGUAGCCUAAUAAGAUCGAUUUGUUAAAAUGUACGAGAGGGUAUAUACCUAAAAUAACGAGAUAGUCUUAUAUAGUACAAUAUACACACAUUUAUAAAUAUAUAUAUAUAUAUAAAAUAUAUAUAAUUAUUUAAAAAUAGAUACACAGAGAGCAGAAAAAAUUUUUGAAACGCAGCGCGUGUCUCGUUACUGUUCGUGAAUUCGUAGGCUCAUAGAAACUCUUGUUAUCGAUCACCCUCGGUUCGGCCCUUUUUCCUCGCUCGACAAUUCAUGAGCGAUUAUUACCUAAACGAAUUAAGCAAUUAAUUAUGAAAUUGCUAUGCUCUACGACGUUCAAUAGAUUCCUCAGAAUUUUAAGAAUGCAAGUUACAUAACAAUUACGCGCUGAUAGCUUUAACGACAAAAACCCCUGUGUCAUCGACACAUAUACAGAUAAAUAUACACACGCGCACACACACACAUACACCCACAUCCACGCCUACACCCACCCACACACACGCAUACAUAUAUAUAUAUAUAUAUAUAUAUAUAUAUAUAUAUAUAUAUACACGUGAUACGCAAAAGUUUUCGACCUUAAAUUUUACCCCUAAUCUUGAUUGUCUAUUGCCUUGCGAGUCUCCUGUAAGCAGCCAAAAAUCAAAAGCAAUUUUUUUAUAAGUCUACACGUCAAGAUUAACUUUGCGCAAGUCUCGAUAUCAAAAAGAUCAGCGAAUAGGAAAGUAGUUCGAAGCGAAAAUCUAUCAGUUAGAGAUGACGGCGACAACUUUGCCGACAGGAAAUUCAAUGUUAUUUUCAGCGAUGCAUUUAAUAGCGAUGACGGUUUGAUAAUAAUGACAAUACUUCUUUUGUAACCGGAAGAAAGCGCAAGCGAGCGUGAAAUCUUUCGGCAGCCAUAAGCUGUCAUGUUAUGAUAUAGCAAGACGGGUGAGAAAGUCUCAAAUACCAUUUCUUGUCCUUUCGUUCAUUCGCUCUGUGGGAUCGAGCUCGAUGCACAAUUUUAAUACAAACGAAAGAUAAUCAAAUAUCGGACGGUGUUUUAAGAAGCUACGAUAGAAAAAUAUACGGUAGAAAUCUCGUAGAAUCUCCGCGAGCCAUACCUCUGUACAAGUUUCAGUUCCUAAAAUUGUGAUAUUAAGUAUAAUUAAAAUUAUGCAACAGUAGAGGACAAAGUCAUGUUUAUUUAAGAAUUCCCGCAAUAUCUUCUGUCACAUACGAGAGGCAAAGUUAAAAAUUUAAUGUAUCUCAUUCUUUCAAAAAUUCGUGGUAUGGUUCGACAAUUUAGAAAUCAAGUAGAGACAAUGAAAGUAGGAAUCAGCGUUGUCGUGAAAAAUAUAAACGAAUGCGGAAGCAUUCGAAAAGAAUUGGACUCUAUGUGUAUAUUAAAAAACGAUCGUACACAUAUCAGUAGUAAUUAGUGAAUUUUAAUUGGCUUUCUCGUUUAAACCUCAUUGCUUACUAAGACGACCCAAUUUCCGACUUUCUAUACCAGCGAGUAUCGGAAUAAUAAAGUGAUUAAAUACAAUCACAAUGAGGUUAAUUCGACAAUGCCACUAAUUAGCGUGUAACGUUAAACCGUCAAUUAUUAUACUCGAUCCCAACUGUGACGAGCCCCACAUGUACGGCAUACUUAAUCAAAAAGAAGCGUAUGAUCGAUGUGGACCCUCGAUUAAAAGCAUCUUGAAGAUACACACAAGAGAAGGUAUAUUCGAAGAUAUGCAUAAAAACAUUGUAAAGACGUAUGAAUAAAUUUGAUUUAAAUUCUCAAGAUUGUGGACAAAUUUUCGAGGAUUUGGAACACAAAAAUAGAAAAAUUUUUAGAAACUGGAAUCGAGGACGAUCAUCGUCAUAUCGAGCAUCAUUCUAGGAUCUAGAAAAUUUUCCUUGCGGGCUCAUAUACGAGUGCGAGACUUUCUCGGAUCCCGGCGGAAACGGAGGGAGCGCGGCGAAAAAAGCGCGAGGCCAUCCUCUGCCACCUGUCAAGUCAAUUUUAUCGAGCACAUCGUGCAACGUUACGACGUUGGGCUCGCGAUACUGGCGAUGAUGGCCGGCCGGCCUUCGUGGCGGUAAAAUCGAUUUGAUUUCUCAAAGUCACGCCAACGGGAAAUGCCUACGUCCGGAUGCAUCCGGACAAAAGCGCGGGAAGCGAGGGUUUCGUCGGACGGACCUCGCGCGUGGCGCGAAUCUCUUCAACCUGCAUGAUUUGUUAACGCUCGCAAUCAAUCUUCGACUAUCGUAAUUCGAAUCUGGAAAACGUAUAAUUAUCGUGAGAGAGAAACUAAUUUAAUCUACAGAAAUUAAACAACUUAAUCAGCCUGCAUUAAUAAUAUAAAUACAAUUAAAAGAAAUGUCAAGCACAUCUCUCUUCGUUCGUUUAGAAAAGAGAAUGCGUAUUGAAGAAAAAUCGGGCUAGUUAAGAAUCUCAUUACGAUAGUCGAGGAUUAACGAUGGAGAGGCAAAAAGAUGCGAGGUAUAGCGUAAUCGUUGGCAAUAAUAUUCGAGCUAAGGGGAGGACAAAAGUGUGCGGACAAAGAGGGACGAUCGCGUCUCGUCUGUGCGAUAAUACGAAACGCGUAUAUCACGAUUAGACGUAACGAGAACGACUUUAUCGUAUACUUUAUUAUAUAAGGCAGAAUUUGUAGACGAGUUUAUAUUAGGCCGAUAUCGACAUCGCGAUCCUUAUCCCGUACAAUGGAUGAGAUGACAAUUGUCGCGUUCGAGUUCUAACAACUUGGAAUGAAAAUCCCGCGCGCGUUUCCAUCUUUUACAGAAAAUAUCGAAGACUUUUAUGUUAGCCGGAAGAAGAUUGUAGACGAAGCUACAUGUUGCCUUCUGUUCGAAAAGCCAGCUGUACCAUUUCAUUUCUCUUCCUAAAUCUCUUCGCGAUAAUUUCUUUCCUCGAAAUCAAGACAUCGUACGAUCUGAGAGACUGUCAACGCGAGGAACAUCAAGGAGCGAUAGUUGUAUAAAAUCAAAAUUUGUCCAUCGGCCAAACGUGCCAUUGGAUGCGGAAGUAACGUAGAGAUAAAUUCAUGGCAAUUUUACGCUCCUCGAUUCCUCGAUUGACGCUCGUCACAUUCCAAGCGCGUCGAAAUACGCGGCAAAUCGAUACUUAAUAUUAGUAACGGAAUGUUUAUAUAUCGUAGCGGAUAUAAGCGCUAUCCGAGCUAGAGGAUGAGUAGCAUUUUCGGUUCAUCUGCUGCGAGCUUCUUAGAAAUUUUCAGAGGGCGACGUGCCUUCUUUUCUCUUCUCGAAUGUGUACAAUAUAUCUUCGACCGCAUCUCGGAUCUCAUCGACUCGCGCUUGACAAAUAAGACGAGAGAUAUUUAAAAAAAAAAGCUUGAGCAGUUGAUUUUAUCGAGUCUAUUUUUAGUAGUUUUGUUCAAGGACUAAACAGAUAAUGGGAAAAGAAACGAAACUUACAAGAGAUUAUAUUACGCGAUAUGUUUUGCGAUCUGUAAGAAAAAGAUAAUAGAUAUAAACAACAAAUCAAAUAAAACGUUACGAUCAAUGUUA